AUGGAAUCGGCCGGCCGGUCUGUUCGCUUUCUAGCUAAAUUGGAUCCCUCCGAACCGCAUAACUUUAUCACACCUUGCAAGAAGAUCAACGAAUCGCACGAUGUUUCGGCCUUCCUCGUUUCAAAAGCAUACACGGAUAUCAUGACCUUCGUUUUACAACUGAACCGCUCAAUAUUUCCCACAAAACUUGCGGACGGAGAAUCGCAAGCAUGGCCUUUGGGUACAGAGGAUGUACAAUUCUCCGCGCCCAUUCGCAAGCUCCAGGGACUACUUUCUAAGCUCGAGGAUCUCAUACAGGAGGUCCCGCCAGACACUGGGCCACGCAGAUUUGGAAAUAUCAGUUUCCGGAAAUGGCAUGAAGUUUUGGCUGAGCGCGCCUCUGGUAUGUUGAGGGAGUGCUUGCCCGCGGAUCUUCUGGACAUGCCUUCAGCGGACCCGGCGGGACCUACAGCGGAGGCGGAACUGAAGGCAUACUUUCUCGGGAGCUGGGGGAGUGGGCAACGGUUAGACUACGGAACUGGACACGAGUUAAGCUUCUUGGCAUUUCUGGCUGCUAUCUGGAAACUUAAUGGAUUUCCAACAUCUGAUCCCGGUGUUGAAGAGAGAGCCAUUGUUCUCGGAGUCAUUGAACCGUAUCUUGAACUUGUACGGAGAUUGAUCAAAACAUACACCCUUGAACCAGCCGGGUCGCAUGGUGUAUGGGGACUUGACGACCACUCCUUCAUUCCAUACAUCCUAGGUUCCGCUCAACUCGCCCCAGCCAUCAACGAAACGGACCUCACCCCGGAAGAAGGGUCAUUGCCUGAUGCACCCGCUCCCGGUGGAGUCGCCAAACUCAAUAGCGUGGAGAGGGAAAGGAGAACCAAUCUAUAUUUCUCAGCAGUUGGAUUUAUCUAUGAUGUGAAAAGGGGACCGUUCUGGGAACACAGCCCUAUGCUGUAUGACAUCUCCGGUAUUACGGCCGGAUGGGGCAAGAUCAAUAAGGGCAUGGUGAAAAUGUAUAACGCCGAGGUUCUAUCCAAGUUCCCUGUUGUGCAACACUUCCCCUUUGGUUCCCUAUUUAGUUGGGCGCGUGACCCUAACGCAGUCGCACCCCCGACAACCAUCCACUCAACCUCUGGUCCGCAAGCGCGACCCGUUGUGCCAAAUGGAGGCCUAUCGGAUACACCUCGGCCGAAUGUGGACGCAGGUACAAGGGCGCCGUGGGCAACCGGAGCGGCCGGAUCUCGCGUGCCUCCCAUGGGGUCCACAGCAGCGCCCUGGGCAGCUGCACGAAGGGACGUGCCGCCAGCUUCAACCACAGCUCUUCCCGAUACGUCUCGGUUACCUCCAGGCCCCAUGGCCCCCACCAGAGCCCCCUGGGCAAACUCACAAGCUCCUCCACCGCCAGGGGCUGACGGGCCUACAAAGGCACCGUGGGCUAAAUAA